AUGAGCAGUGUGACCGAUGUCAUAGCAGGAAGGACCGAAAGGAUUCGUUCCUUGACUUCGCGUGUGCAUCAGCUUGAGAACACGCUUCAUGAUCUAGGACACAGUGACCUCGAUGAGGAGUUACCUGAGGUCUCUAAUCUCUCCGUACGGGGUUCGGUACGCCAGGCUGGUAAAGACGAUGGAUCUGAAGCUGUGGAUAAGGGUGAAGGCACUACUCAACAGUCUCUUCAGAGUUCGUGGCGGCUUAUGACUGACUUGGAAUCACAAGCCUCACACUCCGCACGGCCAAGGUCUACCCCUUCGAGCACGACGCCCUCAGGGACGUCACAGGUCGGGAUCUCCGCGGUGCAGCGAGAGGCUUUGAACAAAGUACUAUCCGCGUUAGAUGAAUUCGGUAAAAGUCCAUCUCUUCAAGAUUGGAGCACUGCUAGCCGUAAACCAUGGGAUGACGAGGAGCUCGGCGACUACGACCUGACAGCAAGCGAGAUAAUCAAUAUCUUUGCUACACCAGAUACGCCAUUAUCGGGCCUUAACUGGUCCAAUACGAAGUUUGCAUCGUAUCCAUCCACGGAACUGCUGGGCAAGACUUUGCUUGAGGGCAAAAUUCAAGAUGAUCAAAAAACACUGCUAUAUAAAAUCAUUCUGAACUUUCAGGCUGGUAUGAUCCUUGCCCACCGAGAAAAGCACCUGAGACAUAAAUAUACGGUGAAAGGUCAUAUUGAACAUAUCAGGGCGCAAAAGUUUCGUGAUGUGCUAUCGAAACUAGACCAGAUUACUUUCCGAACUCCACCAUCGUUACAUCUGCUUCGGGCUCAAUGUAUAGGAGUAGUGAUACUUCAGUAUUUUGGGAAUUUGCCAGAGGCAUGGAGUAUGAUGGCUGCUGCCUCACGUACCUUUAUUUCGUUGGGCUACGAUCGAAUAAUUUACACCAAGAAAAUUGCUACGACAUCAGACUUUACGCAAGAAGAUGUUGAUGGAUGCGUUGUAUGGUGCUACCAGCUCGAUCGAUCGUUGAGUUUGCUCCUGCGACGGCAGCCACUGUUACCAAGAAUGUCAACAUCGCCGCAACUACGGGUUGUCGGGUCUGGUUUACCUGAAGGGGUGGGCUAUCCACGGCGGGCUUUUAUUCCAAUGAAUAUACACUUUGCGCAUAUACAAGGGGAGAUAGCGUUCUUGAUGGACACUUCGAAAAACGCUGUUCAAUGGAAAGAUCUUGAAUCACUGCGUGUAAAAAUGAAAGCAUUUUGGGAAAAAUUUUGCGAGUGGCAGGCAGAAGCUCCCAACAGCGUACGUGAGCAGCUUCGGCGUGAUAUCCGAUAUCUUGAGUUUAAAUACCAUGCCACAGAGACUCUCCUAUUGCAGCUACCAUCUGAGCUAGCCACGAGUAGCCAAUUGCGAAAACAAGCGGUGGAGUUCGCUCGAAAGACUUUUCAGAGAUUUGAGUAUAUGGUCCGAGACUGGGAUAAGAUUGAGAUGAUGGAUUUGGGCUGGGACCUCAUGCUUUACUGCCUCUCUCCAUUAUGUGUGCUCACCUAUGAUAUUAUUAACACUCGCGACGAUGAAGACCUUAUGCUUGUAUCGCACUACGGCAAGUUCAUCUGUGACCGAAUUUACGCAACCUCGACAAACAAUCCCCUCGCUAAACGGAUCAGCGAUCUAUUUAUGGUGGUUUUGGGUAUAUGCGACACACUCAAUGCAUCCGCUUCUACAGGCGCUACUGAAACCACGGCAGCACAAGCGUACCCUACAAACCACACACCACGAAGGAAAAACUUUAUGAACUUCGAGACCUUUUUUGGUACUAAUGGUGCGGCAACGGACUCGUCGAGCAAUGCUCACGGGACGAAUCUGAGCGAGAAUGGGGGUGGUGGCAGCACAAUGGAUGCAACUGGGGCCCGAGCUGGUAACGUUGAAAAUCCGAAGGAGUCAGAAGAGCAGUUUUUGAAACUGCUUACAUAUAAGGUGAAGUUGGGUUGGAGUGGAGAGAGUCUUGUCUAUGCACGUUCGUUAUGGUAG